AUGGACAAGAAGAAGACGAAGAAGACGAAGAGAAGAGCUAACCAUGGCGUCGAGACGGAGAGCUGGGUCUGGACGAAGAGGAACCAGCUGAAGAUGCCCAGAGAGGGCGAGAGAGUCGAGAGAGUCGAGAGAGUCGAGAUGUUUGCUGGAGAUGGAGAUGCCGUGGGGAUGGACUGGAAAGCCGCCGCGGUGCGACUCAGCAGGAGAAGCCUCUUGCUCCCAUCCGCCAGGCCAGACAGCGAGAGAGAGAGAGUCGGACGGGAUGAUGCAGCGCUGGUUCCAAUCUGCGGCGGCCACCUGGUGGUUUGCUGGCUGUUUGCUGUUUGCUGGUUGCUGUUUGCUGGCUGUUGGGCGGUUUGUUUACUGCGUGGUGUCAACGCAACGAGACGGAGAAUCGUAGAGAUGAAGACGAAGAGAUGA